AUGGUCAACCUCGCUCUCGUUCUGACGAGCGCUGCUGCAGCGACCUCUCUCUUUAGCACCGUCUUAGCUCACCCCGGCGAGACACACGACCAUGCCAAGAUCAAACGCGAGAUCGAAGUUCGUGGCUUGCGCGCGGCUGCGGCGAAACGUUCUUUGGCUGGAUGUCAAGAUACGCUCAAGCACCGAAGCUUGAUGCAGCGUUCUGAAGAACGUCGCGCAAACACCCUGGAUGAUCUUCGUCGGAAGCGUGGAAUCACUGCAAAGCCCAAGAAGUACCGUCGUGAUCUGAAGCAACUCCAGGAAUUCGAAAAGGUCAAUCACAACAUGACCGGCACGAUGGACUACACGCCCGACACACCCACUAGCGCCAUAUUCGCCGCAAACACCUCAUGCAUCCUUACCCCCGAACUCACCUUCGGGCCCUACUACGUCACCGGCGAAAUGAUCCGGAAGAACGUAGUCGAAGACCAAAAGGGCAUCGACCUCUACCUCGAAGUCCAAUACGUCGACAUCACCACCUGCGAGCCCGUCCCACACCUCUACGUCGACAUAUGGAACUCCAACGCCACGGGCUACUACAGCGGCGUUGAGAACGGCCAAGGUGGCCUCAACACCACCUUUCUACGCGGCGUCCAAGAAACAGAUGCUGAUGGCGUCGUCGCUUUCGAAACCUUGUUUCCAGGCCACUAUACCGAUCGCGCGACACACACGCACCUUCUCGUCAAGUCUAAUGUGACUGUUCGCUCAAACGGCACUACGGGCGCCGAUGGCGUGAUCGCACAUGCUGGUCAGCUUUUCUACCCUGAAGAUCUCAAGGCUGAGGUUGAGGCUACGGAACCUUAUAUCUUCAGCACACAGCCGUAUAUCACCAACGACGACGAUUUCUUGUCGGUUGUGCAGGCUGAUGACGAUUUUGAUCCGUUUCCUCGGUACGUGUAUCUGGGUGAUGGGGUAGAGGAUGGGUUGAUGGCUUGGAUUCAGAUUGGAAUUAAUACUACGGCUGAUCAUAAUGACGAUCAGAUGUUUGGUGUUGCUGCGGAUUAUCAGGCGGGUGGGGGUGUUGCGAACAAGAAUCAGACGGGUGCGGAUCUGAUUGGAGGGCCGGGUGCUAAUGGGACGACGUCGUCGGGUGCUGCUUCCUCUGGUGCUACCCCAGGGGCUGUUUGA